CCUGGAUUAUAUGAAAUCUGAGAGCUCCCUCAUUCUUCAUAGACAUCAAGUUUUCUGACUCAUUCAAAAUUCAGAAAAAAAUCAUUCAAAUCUGUUUUUGGCCUUGAAUGCUUAUUAUUGGCUUCCAUCUUUCACGUGAUGAAUGUAAGACUCAAACCCGAUAGUAGACUCAAAAGGAACUAAUAUUCUACUCCACCGGCACAUUGUGCAUAUAGACGAAAGAAUGAAUCACUCCCAGAUAGGCUUCAUCAUUCUCAUGUCGCACAAAAGAUUUGUUCAUAAUAAACUAAUCAUUUAAGAAUGACCCAUCACUAAUGCCUUCAGUGGUUGAAUUGGAAUAUUGUGAAGCUACAGGAAUACUUUUAUGUGAACAUAAAACAAAAAUAAGUUUUCUUCAGAGUUUCUUCUCUUCAGUGUCAGUAUAUUGCUCACAUUCACAAGCAUUGUGUCGGCUACUCAUGUAAACCCCAAAUGGCCACACUGCACAUGACUGUUUUUUGUUUUGUUUUUAAAGACAACAUAAGCAUUAUGAUAUUCCAGAGGCAUGACAUGCAUAAAGAGGACAGCAAUCUAGUAAAUGUGCAUCCUAUGCUGACACUGAGGAGAAGAAACUGUUUUUAAAUCAUUACUUUUUGUUUUAUGAGCUCACAAAAGUGUUUUAGUAGCUUAAUCAAAUUCUGAGUAAAACAUUUAAGUCUUGUGGUCUGUUUUAAAAAUGUUUUAGGAUAUUUAAAUGAGUCUGGAACUGUCUGUGGAAGAUGAGAGAGCUCUCAGUUUUGACCUAUACUCUAUUAAUUUAUGUUCCAAAGAUGAACAAAGGUCUUUGGAAUGACAUGAGGGUAGUGUCAUUGCCAUCAAAGGUGCAGAACAGAAUGAUGGGAAAUUCAAUGUUGAAGACUUCUGCAUGGCUGACGUUCCUCCCCAGACACCUAGACAGCCUCUCAGCUCAGACAGGUUUGUGCUUCUCGCCUCUGGUCUGGGAUUGAACGGCAGCAGAGCAGACAGCAUGAUGGGAUUGCAGCUUCUGGUUGACAUGGUAACCGGUCAGCUUGGAGAUGAGGGGGAGCAGAGCGGUGCAGCAUCCAUCUCUAGAGUCAUACUAGCUGGAAACCUGCUGAGUCGAAGCACUCAGGACAAAGACUCCACUAACAAGGCAAAGUACUUGACUAAGAAGACUCAGGCUGGGAGUGUGGAGGCCAUCAGACUGCUGGAUGAGCUUCUUAUGCAGCUUGUGGCCUCUGUGUCUGUAGAUGUUAUGCCUGGACAGUAUGACCCAACGAACUACACCCUCCCCCAGCAGCCCCUGCACCGCUGCAUGUUUCCACUCUCUAUUCCUUUCCCCACCUUACAGCUGGUCAGCAACCCCUACCAAGCCAUUGUAGAUGGUGUUCGGUUUUUGGGCACUGCAGGACAGAAUGUGAGUGAUAUGGUGAAGUACAGCAGUGUGGACGAUCAUCUGGAAAUUUUAGAAAGCACUCUGAGACUGCGCCAUCUGGCUCCUACUGCUCCUGAUACACUAGGUUGUUACCCAUUCUAUCAGAAAGAUCCCUUUAUUCUGGAAGAGUGCCCUCAUGUGUACUUUAGCGGAAAUGCACCAUCAUACCAAAGUAAACGAGUCACUGGUCCUGAAGGACAAGACGUUCUCCUGGUAGCAAUCCCAGAAUUCAGCAGCACACAGACAGCUUGUCUUGUGAACCUGCGCACUCUGGAGUGUGAGCCGAUCUCCUUUUCCUCUUUUUCCACUGAGGAUGAUGAGGACAGUGAGAUGAACAUCAGCCAUUAAACACUCAAUUAAUGACACUUGUCUGUAUAGUACUGUAUUUCCUCCAACAUAGACUUGCUCUUGUGCUGUUUUUGUUAAUAAAGCUCUUUUUGUAUGAAAAACA